AUGGAGCUCGACACACCUUCAGCGCAAGAGCCCGAACUCUCAAUCACGGAAAUCAUCCCUUACCUCUUCACAACAAGAGACAUCCCAUGCCAACCAUCUGAACUCAUUCAAAUUAUCCACCAACUCCGCCAUGCGCACAUGAAUGCUAUGCGCCAGCCAGACGCCAACAGGACGAUUCACGACCACAUCGUCACCACUAUCAUCCGCCUGUCCUUCGAGAAGCUCCACAGCGAAGGCUACCACAACAGUCUCGACGUCAUCUCCGCCAUCGCCCUCGAACGCGUCAAAGCUGACUGUCAGUGCGUAGUCGAAGCGUGGAGGCGAGCCAAGCGCCGUGGACACGACCAGGUCAGUGACAAUCGCUGGCUCGACAUCUACGUCUGGGCUGACGCUGACAAUGCAGAUAUUCCGCGAGAACCCAUCGAGCUGGCCGUCAACGACCUGGCGGUGCUUCAGACGCCGUGGUCGGAGAUUCUGCUGCCACUGGCCACCUCGGCUCGCGAGGAUAUGGCAACCGCGUUCAAGUUGGUCUUCGCGGCGGCGUGGAACUUUCUGUGCACGGGCGGAUUCGACGCGGACGCCGUCCUCAUCAUCCACGCGAUCAGACAUCUGAAUCGGUGUGGGUAUGACACGAUGCGUGCCCUCCGUGCUUUUGCGGUGGAAGAUGCCAAUGGCUGGAGCCUGUCAUCCUGGGGGGACAUCAGUACAGAGGAGGCUUGGAGUGCUGCGUUCGUUGACAACAACCGUAAACUGGUCGAAGAAGAACGACUGGCCAUGGGUGGCACAGAUGCUUUGACGGAUGCGCUGGAGAAGCUCCAGGUCGCCUAA